GCCUGAGGACCCGCCGCCGGAGCUGUGGACGGUUUGGUGAGCCGUUAGUGCUUCUGCAGAGACUCACGCCGCCGUCAUGUCUCGCUACCUGCGCCCCCCCAAUACAUCUCUGUUCGUAAGGAACGUGGCCGAUGACACCAGAGAAUGUAAAGCUGUACAGUUAUGGCGACCCCAAAGAGAAAGCAUGAAAGAACCUUUAGAGUAGAGUUCAACACUUAAGGCAAGUAGACAAGCCAAAGACCUCUUAAGGAUCAGGCUUGAAGAGAAAAGGGAGAGUUUGGGAAAAGAAAAAAUAAAGCAAAGCUGGAAGAAGGACAAGCCUAAUGGGAGACAAAGCCUCGCUUUUAUCUACAAAAGGGGGAAAAGGUUGUUUUUCAAAGUUAAAGAUAAAGCCAUCUGUCAUAUUUGGCCAAGCAUCUCAUGACAAGUCCUUCUGACAAGCACUUAAAGCAUUAAAGGUCAAGAUGAAGUUGAAUGAUGGCCAAGAUUAAAGGAGUCAUACCUGAUGAUGUUCGUGAUGCCGAAGAUGCUUUACAUAAUUUGGACAGAAAAUGGAUCUGUGGACGCCAAAUUGAAAUACAGUUUGCACAGGGGGAUCGGAAGACUCCAAAUCAAAUGAAAGCCAAAGAAGGGAGGAAUGUGUACAGUUCUUCACGCUAUGAUGAUUAUGACAGAUACAGACGUUCUAGAAGCCGAAGUUAUGAAAGAAGGAGAUCAAGAAGCCGGUCCUUUGAUUACAAUUACAGAAGAUCUUACAGUCCUAGAAACAGUAGACCGACUGGAAGACCGCGGCGUAGCAGAAGCCAUUCCGACAAUGAUAGAUUCAAACACCGAAAUCGAUCUUUUUCAAGAUCUAAAUCCAAUUCAAGAUCACGGUCCAAGUCCCAGCCCAAGAAAGAAAUGAAGGCUAAAUCACGUUCUAGGUCUGCUUCUCACACCAAAACUAGAGGCACCUCUAAAACAGAUUCCAAAACACAUUAUAAGUCUGGCUCAAGAUAUGAAAAGGAAUCAAGGAAAAAAGAACCACCUAGAUCCAAAUCUCAGUCAAGAUCACAGUCUAGGUCUAGGUCAAAAUCUAGAUCAAGGUCUUGGACUAGUCCUAAGUCCAGUGGCCACUGAUAGUAUAAACCAUGAUAUUUUUAGGCAUGUAUCAUUCAUUUACUCAUAGUUUGUUUUACUUAAAUUAUCAGGAAUACAAUGUUGCAAUGAUGCUUAAAAAAACACUUGUCAGUUUUCCCUGUACCGGGCAAUGGUUAUAAUUAAAAUGAUAUGCUGUUGAGAAAGCCACUCUUAAGAGUCCAGUUUGUUUAAUGUUAUGGGCAGCUACCAAUUUGUAGUGUCUCUGUAUAUUUUUGUAAAGAUUCUCAUUUUUUUAUGCUUGAAGUAUUGGUGAAAAGAUGUUGGUUGACCAUAAUUUGCAACAUUGUCUUAUUAAAAAUAAACUUUCAUAUCCAUAUUUGGUAGAACUUGUUAACCUAGAAAUGUAGCUUGCUAAGAUAGAAUGAUACAAAAGUGAAGUUGCAGCCACAGUACAACACUGAUCCAGACACAUUUAGGGUCAGGGUGGACCUUUUUGUCUUGUUAAAUGUCUAGGCCCAUGAUAAUAGUUAAUUUAUGACACGGUGUGAUAUAGUUCUUUUGUUAACCCCAUUGUUGCUGGGAAUGAUGCCAGCUGGGUUAAGAAAGUAGCAUUUUCAGGGAGAUUGAGUUUCUCACUGAAACAUGGAGCCUUCACUGCUUUUUUCUGGUUUCUUUGAAGAUUUGGAACAUACAGACAUCAAAAGAAAUCACCUUAAAACCAGAAAUAAUUUUGAGGAGAAAAGAAUGCUCUUAUAUAGUUAUUUUUAAACUUUAAGGAGCACUGUUAACCAUAAUAGUGCAUAGUUUUCUUACCACUGUUAAAAGCAAGUCAAUUGUUUCAAAGUAGGUUUUGUUUGUGCACAGUGUAAAAGAACUGAAUUUUGAUGCUAAUAACACUUCUGAUGUGCAUUUGCAUCAAAAUUUGCCUACCUUCAGUUUAUUUAAUCUGAGGCAAGUUGAAAGAUAACACUCCCAUUCUAGGUGAUUCUGUGGUGCCAUGAAAUUUAAAAUAAUUUUGGAAAAAAUUAAUUUUGAGUGAGAGUCAGAUCUCUUGAGUUUUUGGUUAUCACUAGUACCUGGCAGUACCUGACUAAAAAUGAGAGAAAAAAACCCUAACCAUUUAUAACUUAUAGCCUUUUUCUGAGAGAGCUUUUGGGAGAUGAUGAAGGUGACUUGACAUGUCCAGUCUCAUUUCAGACUAAAAGCUAGCAUCUUUAAGAAAAUUUAAGAUUGCUUGCUUACAGGUAUAAAUAAGUAAGAAACAUUGUAGAGAAACAAUUCCUUUUAGAGGAUUACUUCUUUCAGUUUUGGUUUUAGUAAUCUAGGCCUUUCCUGUAAAGAACAAAAGAUGGUUUUUAAAUACUGUUUGUGGAAUGUGUUUAAGGAUUGAUUCUAGAACCUUUGUAUAUUUGAUAGUAUUUCUAACUUUAAUUUCUUUACUGUUUGCAGUUAAUGUUCAUGUUCUGCUAUGCAAUCAUUUAUAUGCACGUUUCUUUAAUUUUUUAGAUUUUCCUGGAUGUAUAGUUUAAACAAAAAGUCUAUUUAAAACUGUAGCAGUAGUUUGCAGUUCUAGUAAAGAGGAAAGUUGUGGGGUUAAACUUUGUAUUUCCUUUCUUAUAGAAGCUUCUAAAAAGGUAUUUUUAUAUGUUCUUUUUAACAAAUAUUGUGUACAACCUUUAAAACAUCAAUGUUUGGAUCAAAACAAGACCCAGCUUAUUUUCUGCUUGCUGUAAAUUAAGCAAACAUGCUAUAAUAAAAACAAAAUGAAGGAAAUAAUGAUUAACUGGAAUUAUUAUAGUUUUGAAUGAGAUUCUAAAAUAACAAUGGAAAUAGUCCUUUGUAGAUGUAGGUAUAUUUUUAAUCAGUGUUGCACUAGGCACAACUAACUCUUACUUUGGAAGUGGUAGAACUUGACAGAAAGGUACACCUUUUUACAUAGUACUUUAAAAUUCCUAUGUAAAGUCGAAGUUGUUUCAUGAUUGCUUUUGAAGCCCCUUGGGUUAAAUAACUUAGAAGAUAUUGGCAGUGUUAAGAUACGUAUUGAAAUGAAAUUUGAGUCAGUUAAUUGUAAAUUUAUAUUUUCAUUAUUGGAUGGAUGAGUAAUUCUGCUCUUCCCUGUCCUAAACUAGAUCCUUUGGGUCUUAGUUUAUGGCAUGAUUUUAAAUAUUUUUGCAUUGAAUGUUGGUGAGCAGUUAAGUGAUAACCACUUUAGGAAACUGGUUUAGGUGUUCUGUGGUUAGAAUUCUAGGUACUUAAUAAUAACAACAAUUAUAGCCAGUACUUACUGUUUAUGGUGCCAGACCCUGUUCUAAAAGCAUUGUGUUAACUCGCUCUUCAUAAAACCUUGUGGAAAGAUUUAUUUUCCCCACAUGACAGAUAAGGAAAUUGAGGCACAAAGAAAAGGCUGUGAAAGGCCCAUCCAUUAUAUGAGCCCAGGCUUGGUCCAUAGAUUUCUUUUUUAUGGGCUAUAGUUUGAGAGGAAUAGAUUGAGAUAGCCCAUUGAAAUUGUUCUCAGUCUCUGUAGGAUUAGAAGACCUUAUGUUUUUCAUUGUUUACUUGUGUCACUUAUUUCUAGAUUCAGACUAUUUUCUUGAGAACCUUACAUGUUAUUUGUAAAGUGACAUGCCUAACAGUGCUUCAAAAGAUCUAACUAUAUUAUAAUUGAACCCAUGAUAGUUAGGAUCCUGCUGAUACUUGAUGAGGAUCCUUACAUAGUGCUUUAAUUUUGGGUACAUCGUUGAGUUCCACAAUUGAGUACCUACUGUGUGUCUGGCACUGUGCUCAAUAUUCAGGUAGAUCAUAUCAAGAUUCAAGGGCUGACACUUCACCUCUAACUGUUAAUUAAGAUCUCUCUGCAUUUUUUUUUUUUUUGAAGCCAAGUAAGCAAGAAGAAAAAUGACAGAUAAUGCUUCAGUGAGAAAGGGAAGGUUCUACAUAGAAUAUGAGCUGUUAAGUUACAACCCAGGGAAAAGACCUGGGAACUAUUGUACUAUUCUCUUGAAAAUUUGGCCCAGUAAGCUGCAUCCAGUUCAACUAACAAAAUCCUGUAUACCACAGAGAAGAAUAAAGAAAACCAAACUGACAAACAUCCUUCUUUUAUUUAAGACCAAACUGCAGCUGGAAUACCCAGUACAGUUCUGCUUACUACACUUCAAGAAAGAUCUGAGAAAGCGGAAAAAGAACCAAAGAAGGGCAGUUCAAGCGACCAAAGGGUGGGUGGAAGGUGCUGCAGUAUGAAUACUGUACGAAUAUUUUGACUCUGGUCUGAAAAGAUAAAAGAAUGUUAUCGAAACUACAUGGAAUAAUUGAAGUCCCUUCAAGUUUGAAAGUAAGCAUUUUAGGACAAAUAAAAGGAAAUUCAACUUUGUACUUGUGAAAACUAAUCCCUAAAUCUGAAUAGAUUUAUAUUGAUUCAUGGGUAACAGGUCCAUAAUAAAUCAUUGGAAACUAGGAUGUCUGAAUAUCAAGGAAGACAGCCAUAGUCUUACAGUGCCUCUAUUGGUCUGUCUCAAACUGAAUUGGGUGAGAAAAGGUAUGGUCCAGUAUAAACUUUUUCUUGAUAUCUCUUAAAAGUUGGUUCCAUUUUGCUAUUGGCAAAUCUUCCCUUUGUUUAUUACAGUGCCAGUGUUUUCUGCUUAAUGGUUUGCUUUGUUGGCAUCUGAGUUUAUUGUAUGCCUUGUGCAGUUUACAUCUUCCUUAACACUUUCCCAGGUAAAUUCCAAUUAUAAUACUUGACAUCCAGUAAGAGGGUCCAUCUCUUCUCACCUCUUUCCUAGUCAGUAGCAAACAUUUACUGAGCCCUUAACUAUGGGCAAAAUUGGACUGGGUAAAUUGGGGAGAAAAUUAGAUAAAAUUCACUUAAUGUCUACUGAGCACAAUCUAGUGAAUCAUUACAGUAUGGCCUCGUUUUGUUAGAGGUGUAUUAUUCGUAACUAUUUUACACCAUUCAUAUAAUGUAAUUAUAAAGCCCAAUACACUAUAUCAAAGAUAAUUUUGUGGUUAUCUGCCAUUUAAACAUAUCCAGUAUUUGUUUGCAUCUCAGUACAAUGAAAAAAAUGACUUGUUUAAAUCUGUAAUAAAUGAUUUAUUGUGCAGUGGCUGUAAUAUACUAGUUAUAUUAAAUUGUUAACUCUGCCUCCUCGAACACAUACUAGGAAGUAAUCCCCAAAAUAAGCAUUUAACUUUGUGUUAGAUAUAAAGGAGACUCUGGGUGCUAUAAUUAGAUUCUUUUGAGGCAGACAGCUUGUUAUCCCAACUGAUUUAGUAUGUUCUGUAAUUGAGAAAAUGUUCACCAAGUUAUACUUUUUAGUGAUUUACAUGUACAUUUUAUAGGGGACAUGUUCUGUGUAUAGUGAAUAAAUAACUUUUAUAGUAUCACAAAAUGUUUUGGAUUCCUUAGUUCAUUAGGUUAUAAAGUAUUUACCUGUACAUUGAUUCCAUCACUCACAUAUUUUUGUCUUAUUUCUGCCUUAUAUAUAAAACUUCUAAUUUAAGCAUACUCAUUUAAAAAUACAGAAGUGUUUAAGCCUUUAUAAAGAUUUGAAAUAUAGAACAUAACUAAGGGAUAUAUAGAACAGAUAUUUUUGCCUGUUUUCAUUUUUUUCAAAUUUGCCCAAGAUCACACAGUAAGUGGCAGAUCCUAGAGUCCAUGGUUCUUCAUUUGAUUCAUCUAUGUUACUGGUUGCUUUUUUUUUAAUAGGGGAGUUUUUAACCUAUCUAGAGUUCACUUAGAGGGAAGAGUAAAUCAAUUUGUAAAAAUAGAUUUAAUUACAAAAAGCCUUUUGUUACUAAUCCAAGUUCUCACACAGCUGUUGUGACUCACUCUUUCCAGUCUGGCUUUCUCAGUUUUCAACCUGUGUUGUAUUCUGGCCAUAUUCUCGUUUACAAAAAUCCUGAGAUAUUUUUAAAUGGUGAGGCUGUGACUUGAGACAGCAUAGUGGUAGCCCAGAGUAAUCCAAUAGUGUUCUACUAAGACGUCUAUCAAAAAAUCCCAGGAGUAAACUGUUCUCAUUGAUACAUUAUGUAUGCAACCUAUUUGUCUUGAACUAUUAAAAUCUAUUAAAGCAAAGCUAGUUACUGUGGAAAAGUUGCCUUGGCCGUGUCCUCCAAGGGUGUUGCUUAUGUUUAUUAUGCUGGGUUUCUGUGUAUUCCUAGCAGUUGUUUCAUCCUUGUAAUUAAAGUUGGGAUUCUUAUUUGGAAUAAAAAGCAAGGCAUGUACAUGUUUUAUUGAUAAUUGACAGAGUAGUUUGUAAAGAAAUAAAAGGCCUUUGUCUUUUUUUGUAGAUGACACCUUUGAAUGCUAGACAGUGAAAUAAACGUCUCUGGUAUUUUCGUUUUGUUUCAGUAA